UACAAAGUUUGGUGAGCCCCGUCAAUUACCUCUUGCGACCAAAAGGAAAUUAAUUGUCCAUCAUGCAGAGGGCUUGAGAAGCUGGCAUCCAGAGCCAUGUGGCACUUCUUCUACUUGACUCCACAAAUCGUUCUGCCCUUUAGCCCUCUCAGCUCUCGAGAGUUCGAUCUGAUCAGACGCGAGGCUGGAGCGUCUUGGCAGAAGGAAACGAGGUGGUCGGACUCUUCCAUAACAACAUACACAGGCAGUUACCGGAAAAAGCAACUGGAUGAGUCCGCCAGCAGCCGAUUUUCUUUUAAAGCAGGACGGCAUCGGCCUGAGUGUAACCAGAUAUCGUCACCAAAUUCUGCCUUCAGUACCACGGUCUGCAGAACUGGCUCCCGGGAGACUACAGAUGCGAAGAGACUAUUUCCUCAAAUAACCAGUUCUUUUAAGAAUGCACCUGAUGUCAAACACAGUGUGGUACACCAAGUUCUGUUUGGUGAUUUUUCUACAGCACGUCCAAAUUAUGAAAAAUCAUGUAUGAGAAUUAAAAAGCCAGUAUCUAAGAACCUGAUCAACUACAAUCAACUAAGGAAAGACUUUCUGAAGCACGUGCACCCACUGGAGUUGAUGUGGGACACAGAGGAGAGAGAUUUGGAAAAGGGUAGAGGAGACCUGAUAUCCAACCAACAACAGCAUCUCUGAAGGCAGAAGAGGCACACAACUACUUCAGGAUUCCUAUGAAAACAGAGGGCAGCCAGGUUUUCAUAUAACAACACUUGUAAAUGCAGGCCCACCUCUCAAGAAACAUGUGACACGCAUCUAGCAGAUGUCAUUACUGCAGAGCCUUCCCCUCAAAACCCUGAAGUUUUCACUUCCUCUGGACUUGCUGCUUUAAUGGAAGAGCCCGCCAUGGUGACACAUACCCUCUGCUUCUCGAAGUGUGGUCUGCGCGGCUCUGCCAGAUGGUCUCCUUCAGGAUAAAUGCUUUCAAUAUGAUAAUGUUUAUAUUUGUG